AAAUUCGAGCAGGGCUUCAUCACGGACCCGGUGGUGAUGAGCCCCAUGCACACCGUGGGCGACGUCUUCGAGGCCAAGCUGCGGCACGGCUUCUCGGGCAUCCCCGUCACCCAGACCGGCAAGAUGGGCAGCAAGCUGGAAGGCAUCGUCACCUCCCGCGACAUCGACUUCCUCACCGAGAAGGACUACGCAACCUACCUCAGCGAGGUGCCGUGGCGGGGCAGGCGCAGCGAGACCUGCCGUGGGUUCGGCUACGUCACCUUUUCCCUGCCCGAGGACGCGCAGCGAGCCCUCGAGGAGGCCACCACCUUCGAUGGCCGCAAGCUCAGUGUCACGGUGGCCAGGCAGAAGCUGAGGGAAGGGGAAAACCAGAAGCAGCAGCAGCAGGAUGCAGCGGUGGCAGAUGCCCCCCAGGCUGCUUCUGCAGCGAAGCAGAAGCUGAGGAAGCCCAAAGGUGCCUCCAAGAAGGCCAGACUGAUCAUCCGCAACCUAAGCUUCAAGUGCUCUGAAGAUGACCUGAAGUCUCUGUUCUCUCCAUUUGGCACCGUGCUGGAGGUGAACAUCCCCAGGAAACCAGAUGGGAAGAUGCGGGGAUUUGCCUUCGUGCAGUUCAGGAACAUGCUGGAAGCAGCCAAGGCCCUCAGAGGGAUGAACAUGAAGGAGAUCAAAGAGCGGCUGGUAGCUGUGGACUGGGCAGUGGCCAAGGAUAAGUACCGAGCGACGCAGGGCUCCCUGCCCUCCGAGGACAAAAAAGAGAAACCUGAAAAGACCCAAGAGCAGACCCCAGAUGAUGCUAGUGAAGAGGAGGAGGAGGAGAAUGAAGCAGCUGGACAGGAUGAGCAGUCCCUGUCCCAGGCGCGAGGCCGGCCUGGGAAGACGACAGUGACCGUGGACAGCAGUGAGGAAGAGGAGGAAGAUGAGGAAGAUGAUGAAGCAGCCAGCGAAAGCAAAGAUGACGGUGACCAGGAGGAGGGCUUGGAUGACGAUGAGGAGGAGGAAGUUCCAGAGUCAGACGCACCCAAGAAGAAGCGGAAGGGACAAAAGCCUCCCUCAGACGUGGAUGAAGGGAAGACCGUCUUUAUUAGGAAUCUGUCCUUCGAUACAGAGGAGGAAGCCUUGGGGGAGAUGCUGCAGCAGUUCGGAGACCUCAAGUACGUCCGCAUCGUCCUGCACCCUGACACAGAGCACUCCAAAGGUUGUGCCUUCGCCCAGUUCCUGACACAGGAAGCAGCCCAGAAAUGCCUCCAGGCUGCCCAGGAGGAGAGCGAGGGAGAGGGGCUGCGCCUGGAUGGGCGGCUGCUCCGUAUCGACCUGGCCGUGAGCCGCGAGGAGGCCCAGAAGCUUCGUGGGCAGAAGGUGAAGAAGCCCACGGGCACCCGCAACCUCUACCUGGCUCGCGAAGGCUUGAUCCGAGCUGGGACGAAGGCUGCAGAGGGAGUGAGUGAUGCAGAUAUGGCCAAGCGAGCACGGUUUGAAGAGCUCAAGUACCAGAAGCUGCGAGACCAGAACAUCUUUGUGUCCCGCACACGGCUCUGCGUGCACAACCUGCCCAAAGCGGUGGACAGCGCGCAGCUCCGGCGCCUGAUGCUGAAAGCUGCUGGCGGUGGCAAGGAUGUGCACAUCAAGGAAUGCCGGGUGAUGAGGGACCUGAAGGGGCAGGGACAAUCCCUGGGCUACGCCUUCGUGGAGUUUGCGGAGCACGAGCAGGCCCUGGCCGCCCUGCGGCACACCAACAACAACCCCCAGCUCUUCGGGCCCCAGAAGAGACCCAUCGUGGAGUUUUCGCUGGAGGACCGCCGGAAGCUGAAGAUGAAGGAGCAGCGAGCUCAGCGCAGCCUGCUCAAGCUGAAACCGAAGCCAGUGGAGAAGGCACCUGCUGCUGCUGGGACGGCUGAGCCGGCAGGACCCCGGAAGAAGCGCCAGGGGAAGAAGAAACUUGGCUCCAAGGGGCCUGAGGGCUCCCAAGGUCCUGGGAAGCAAGCAGAGCCAGGACCUCAGGACCGCAAAGGGCAGGAGAAGCCCCGGGGGCAGGAGGCUGCCCCGGCUCCCCCAGGACGCCCCCCCACAGUGCCCUGGGCUGGCUUCCGCACGGAGGCGCAGAUAGAGCGAGUGGAGCUGCCGGACGGCACCAAGCGGAGGAAGGUGCUAGCGAUGCCAUCGCACCGCGGGCCCAAAAUCAGGAAACGUGACAAGGGGAAGGUGAAGCCAGUCCCCACUAAGCAGCCCAAGGGCAAAGCGCAGCGGCGGAAAGAAAAGCGCAACGUGGCCCCCACGCAGGCAGCCUCGAAGCGCCCCGCAGGCAGCAAGGCCGAGGCCCGUUUCAGCCAGCUUGUGGAGCAGUACAAGAGGAAGAUCCUGGGCAGCUCCGACGGUGCCCCCGCAGCCAAGAGGAGCAAGUGGUUCGAGAGCUGAUCCUGCCUGGCACAGCAGGAGGGACGUACCCCUUGGGGCAGCAGGGCCUGUACCCUCGACACCCUGCCUGGCACAGCUGGGGACACGUGGCCCAUGGAGCCUGUGCCCUUGGGACCCUGCCUGGCACAACCACGGGGCUGGAUGCGAAAGGGCGAGCAGAUCUGUGCCCUCAGCACACAACCUGCGCCAGGCCCUGUUCCCCGAUCCCGCUGGUGUUGUGGGGCAUGUGGGACUUAUCUUUUCCAUUUUGUUAGUAAUUUUUUAAUCUGCUUGCAAGAAAAAAGCUGCUUGGUGCUGGACGAGCACCAAGAAGAGCACUCCCUCUUGUGUUCUCACUGCAUCGGGGUGCAUUUCUCCCCCAGCUGGGUGCUAGGCAGGGGAGGAGAAUUGCUGGCUGCCCCGGCAGGGGGCAAGGGCCUCGAGAGCAUUUCUUUGUGCUGCUCAAAUCCAUUUUGUCCUGCUGGGGCUGGUUUCUGUUCCCAGGCAUGACCUCCAUCUGCAUACACCCUGGGCUCUCUGUCCUCCUGCUUCGAGAAAAGGGCCAAGUUCUCCAGCUACUGCUUCCCUCCCCCCGGCACCCAUAGGCCUCCCUGGUCAAC